UGGCGGGAAUGGGCAACAGCUGACUUGCUGAAGAAGAAGACGACGAGGAAGAAGACUGACUGUCAUUUCAGUUCUUUUGCGGCUGUGAUUAAUAUUGCUUUGUAUUAAUGGUUAAGAUUGUUUUAUAUAAACCGUUAAGUUUUAUUUAACGUGACAUGGUGGUUAGAUCAAGCACUCAUCGUACCUUCAGCUUUUUUAAGCCGCAAACAUUGGCAGCGUAACACGUUUGAGAUUAGAAUAACAUCACCUCUGAAACUGGCAUGCUGUUCGAGAACAACCUGAAGCUCGUGCGCAUGUGCGGCAGGAGUGUGUGUGAAGCGCUGAAACAGCGAGCACACAAACACAAGACAGUCCCGCUGUCGGAGAAGAAGCUGACCCGGUAUUUCGUGGACCAGCGCAGGGUGAAGGUGGCGGCAGGGCGGGGGGGUGACGGAGCCUCCAGCUUCCACAGUGAGCCCUGGAAGGAGUGGGGGGGUCCGGACGGGGGGGACGGAGGAGCCGGAGGAGACGUCAUCAUCAGAGUGGACCGGCAGCUGAAGUCCCUGUCCUCCGUGUCAACAGUGUACCGCGGGCAUGACGGAGUGGCAGGAAGCAGUAAAAACUGCUACGGACGCAAUGGCAGACCCACCUACAUCUCAGUUCCUCUGGGCACGGCUGUGAAGGAAGCGGGUGAGUUGCUGGCGGACCUCUCUUUCCACGAGCAGAUGUUCACCCUGGCGUACGGAGGGGCCGGUGGGAAGGGGAACCGCUUCUUCCUGUCGAACGAGAACCGGGCGCCGAUGACGGCUACGGCGGGAGAGAAGGGCCAGGAGCGAGAGGUUCAGCUGGAGCUGCGCACCAUGGCUCACGCCGCACUGGUCGGCUUUCCAAACGCAGGCAAGUCCUCUCUCCUGCGAGCGAUCUCUAACGCCCGGCCGGCUGUGGCCCCGUACCCCUUCACCACUCUCAAACCUCACGUGGGCAUCGUCCAGUACAGAGACCACGAGCAGGUGGCAGUGGCGGAUAUUCCCGGGCUGAUCCCUGGAGCUCAUCUGAACCGUGGGCUGGGUGUGUCUUUCCUGCGGCACAUCGAGCGCUGCCGUGUCCUGCUGUAUGUGCUGGACAUGUCGUGUGCGGAGCCCUGGGUUCAGCUCCAGCAGCUGAGCUUCGAGCUCGACCAGUACAGCCCUCAGCUCUCCCUCAGACCGCACGCCGUCGUGGCCAACAAGAUGGACCUGCCGGGGGCCAGGAGGAGCCUGGAGGCCCUGAGGAGCCGCGUCCCGCUCACGGUCAUCCCGGUGUCUGCACUGACCGGGGAAAACACCGCAGAGCUGGUCCUGCACCUGCGGCGGAUGUACGACAGCGAGCUCUCGUAGCAAGCGUGUGCCUCCUGCCUCCAUCAUCCGAUUCUACACACACACGUGUGGCUGUAACCAGAAUCAGAGAGCUAAACACCAUGCAGGUUACACAUGUGCCGUUACGAGUCUUACACAUGCAUCGUCAUGAAGAGCAGAGCUGCUGGGAUUCAUCAUCUCUGAACAAACCCGGAUCCUCUUCAUGCCGGCUCUCGCCUCUUUACUUCGCACUGCUGAA